AAAACUCAUGUGACGCGGGUUAAGUUAGCUCUCCGAUCAGGCCGCGUACUUGCCACUUUGCCAGAGUCGGUUCGGUCCGUGAACGGCGAGGUACAAGUACGAGGUACCAUCUCAUUGACAUUCUGUGCCGUUCUGUGAAAUGUGCUGUGAACAGUUUCUGUGAUACUGCGGACGAGGCUGAAUCCUAAUCGCUUUGUUUCAUUUAAUCUGAGAGGAACUGGAAAUGGAAGCAGGUUUCGUAAAUCAACACGACGAGUAUUUUUCCUCAGAUAUUUAUGAUCAGAGCAAUGGGUUCGAAAGUGAGAAUUCCAUUUUUAACGGUUUAAUGGGAGAUUUUGCACUCGAGCCCACGAAAGAAAAUUGGAACUAUGGCGAAAGUACAAGAUGCACCAAAGACAACAAAGAAGACUUCCAAAAGACAUUUCAAGAUUGGGAAAACCACAUUACUAACUUGCAGCAGUGUAAAGAAGAAGAUACAACGCUGAAAGUAAUAGACUCGGGUAUCGAACUGCUUUAUGAAUCAGUCAGUGAAAAUUUACCAGACAUAUUUGGCCCUGGCCUGAAAUCGAUAAGUGCAAACCAUGAAAAUCAGGCUUCGAAACCGUUUAACUUAGGAAAUGUAUUUUCACAAGAAGCCAGCCUUCAAUCCGAUCGAUUCGGUGCUUUUCAACCGUCUGACCUGGGACCUGACAAUUAUGAAAUAGUCGAAAUAACAAUAGAAGAAGACAACUUAAUUAACCCAACUCCUCAUUUAGACCAAUACACAAAAGUUGACCAAGUGCAAAAUGUUGAAACUAAGCAGUUUGAUUUGGCGACACAACCAGUCACUUUGGAGACAAAAGAAAAGGAGAAUAAUAAAUCAACUGAUUUAUUACCAAAAGAAGUAAUUGACAGGAUAAAGGCUGCAUCCAAAAGAAGGAAAUGUAUUUCUUUAAUUCCUGCUAUCCAAAUGGAUCCCGAGAGUAAAAGGCAACGACGAGUCAAAACCACGGCUCCGGACGAAACAAAAAGCGAAGUGUCCAUCCAUUUAGAUCAUGAUUACUGCGGCGGUUAUAAGAAAUCGACGUGUCAGAAAAUAAACCAAAAAGACAUUCAGUCAGUUGAAAAUUGGGAGAAGAACUCGAAAAAAGACAGCGGCCUAGAAUCUGGCGACGUGAGCGAUGCCAGCGAAACCACUCAAGAAAAGCGAAUUGUCUUUAAGCAGGUUAAACCAGGGGAAAGCUUAUUGCGUAUCAAUCAUUUUGAAAUUAAACAAGAGGACGACUUCACAAAUAAAAAUGAAGACUGCCAAGUGCCUAAAGUGGAAAUAAAAAAUGAAAAACAGGAAAGCUCGUUCGACUUGAAUGAUCACGAAUCAGUCGUCGUAAAAGAGGAAAACAUUGAUAUUCAAGAAUCGAUAAUCGUGAAACAGGAGCCAAAGAAGAAAAAAUUGAACCUUGAAGAAUACAGGAGUCGUAGAAAAAAUAUUACAACGCCCAACACCCACCAUAUACCUGAAAUUAAAAUAGAAAAUAGUGAUUGCAACUCUAUGAGGGUUAUGGUCAAUGUUGAAGUACAGACUCAUACCGACAGAGAAGAAAAUAUUACCAAAGACAGGAGCCGCCAGAGGCAAAGGUACAGAAGAAGUUCGACAUCGUCCAGCUCAUCAAGUGUGGCGUCCAAGUCCAGAAGGCACAGGCGGAAAAGCAGAAGGAGACGGUACAGCCGAGGGAGCAGACAACGAUCUUCAUGGUCAUCAUCAAGAUCACGGUCAAGAUCAAAAUCAUCCUCAACUUCAAUAUCUUCACUUUCGAAUAGAUCUCAUUCGAGAAGUUCAAAAAGAUACAGGAGGUCGAGAUCGAGAAGUGACUAUCGUAGAAGCUCGCACAACCGAUCCCGUUAUUCAUCCGAGAGGUCGUACAGGAAACACGAUGACUGGAGCCCUGUCGAGAAACAGAAGCAGAUCGAGGAACGGCGUGUCGUAUACGUCGGUCAAAUCGCAGAAGGCACUACUAAAGCGCAACUACGUGAGAGGUUCCAAAAGUUUGGACCUAUAGUUGAUAUAAGCCUUCACUUUAGAGAAAGAGGGGAUAACUACGGCUUUGUUACCUUCAUGUUCAAAAUCGAUGCUUAUGACGCAGUGGAACACGGCAAUGAUGAUCCUUUUGAACAAAGAUAUGACAUAUGUUUCGGAGGCCGGAGGGCUUUUUGCAAACAACGUUACGCUGAUUUAGAUAGUAUACCUCAGACCUAUAACAAUCCGUACCAGAACUCGCGGUCGUGCGAUUCGUUCGACACACUCUUGAGAGAGGCACAGGAGACACUUCGCAAGAAGCAGAAGAUCGUUUGACACAAACUGCUCCAGCCAUGUAUCAAGUAUUAUCUGAGUGUAAUAUGUAGUUGAUUUAGAUUGUCUCUCUAAUAUCUUACGACUUAGGAAUUUAAAUAAGUCUUGUAAUUUGUAACUCGAGACUUCAAGGAUGAUUUUGUUUUAAAUUUUGAGCCGCCCUCCCCAAACCUAGAAACAGAUUAAGGAAAACGUUCGGUGUGUUCAUUGUAUUUUAAUUAAAUAUCCUUGCCCCCCUUUUUUAGUAUAUUGUAUAUUUUAGAAAAUACUCAUUCGGAAUUAUUUUUCUAGCCACUGCCAUAUUUUUUUUUUAGUCUGUGUGAUAUUUAAAUAAUUGCAUUUAAUUAAGUAAAGAAAAUGACCUUUAUUACAAUGUACUUCAGUUGAUAAAAAAAAUGCAAAAUAUUGGGAAACAGUUUUAGUGCUCUUAGUUAUUUUUCUUGUUAAAACUCAGUUUUUAUUUAAAACCCAAUAAUUCAAUUUGUCUAAAUCGAUGUUAGCAUUUGGUGAUUUUAUGUAUAUAAAGGAAAAGGCUGUGCUCGAAUUAUUUAGUGGCCAACUUACCAAUUAUUAUUGUAAUUCGAAUAGACUAUUUAAUAUUAUACCGAUAAAGAAAAAAAUAUUUUUUACAUGUUUCAAAGUUCACUAAUUAAACAUAAUUUUUUAAAGUGAUCUUUCGUGCUCCUCCUUCCCUAUUUUUUUGGCAGGAUGAACUUUAGUUUUAGUCUUAGUAAAAUUGUUUUGUUUUAGUUCAUUUCUGUUAAUUUAUUUUUGUUUCACAGCCGGUUACGUUUGAUUAAUAUAGGGAAAUUUAUAAGGUAGUUUCUUAAUUGUAUAGUUUCUACCAAACUAUUCACAAUCUGAACUAAGCCAUAAUAAAUUGUAAGCGUAAAAGAUUUUUAAAUGAA